UAAAUUAUAUAGAUUAGUAAAUAACACCUUAACCAUUAUAGAGUGUGUGGUUAAGUUUAGGUGUGAAAUUUUAUGUUUCAAAAUAUCGCUGGAGCAAAAAAAAUAAAUGCACAUAAACCAAUGCGUUCAGCCAAUUUUUCAGCUAUUGUUAAGAAAAAUUGGAAGAAAUGAUUUAAAACAAUGACUCCUUAUUGUCCGGCCAUAUGCAGAUAUUUUGCACUAUAAAAUCUUCCGGAUGAUCCACGAGUACCACUAGUUGUUUCCCAUCCUCCACUGGAAAGACAUUAUUACCACCAAAGAUUUUAAAUUGAAAACUGUUCAUUUUUAAGAUUUUAAAAUGAAACUUGUGAUUUGUGUUCUCUUUGUGAUUGCUGCUCUGUUGGUUCCAUCGCAGGCGACAUUCGAUGUGAUAGCCAGUGUGCCAACAGCAAGAAGUUAUGGUGGUGGUUAUGGUGGAGGUUAUGGUGGUAGUUAUGGUGGCAGCUAUGGUGGCUUGGCUGGAGGUUAUGGUGGCAGUUAUGGUGGCUACGGUGGCAGUUAUGGCGGUUACGGUGGCAGUUAUGGCGGUUACGGUAGCAAUUAUGGCGGUUAUGGUUCCAACUAUGGUAACAACGUCAAAGUAAUCAAAGUUACUGUUCUGCCAAAGGCUGCUGGUGGUUCCUAUGGAUCUGGAUCAUACGGUGCUGGGUCGUAUGGUGCUGGAUCAUACGGUGCCGGGUCGUAUGGUGCUGGAUCGUAUGGCUAUGGUACAUCUUACUCUACCCCUGUGGCUCCUGUUGCUGCUGUCACCACACCCGUGGUUACAGCCAUUACUACCCCCGUUGUAACCUCAACAGUUGGCACUAGUUACGGCACUGGAUCUUUUGGGGCUGGAUCUUAUGGUGGCGGAUACACUGGUGCUGCAUCAUAUGGUUAUGGUAACAAUAUUCUCCCUUCGUUCGGUUAUGGAUCCGGUUAUAGUAACUCCUUUGGAUCAGGUUAUGGAGCAGCGGCAGGAUGUUUUUAAAUUGAUCCCUUGAUUUUUGGAUUUACGAACAAUAUAUUAAAUUAUGAAAUUGAACUAAUUUUUUGUAUCAAUUGUUUUCCGUAUUUAAUAAAAAAUAUCAUGGUAGAACUAAGAAGGUAGACAAG